AGUUGCAGUCAAACGCGUUUACCCUGCCAGUGUAACCAUGACAGCCGUGUUGUUGGCGGUGCUAACGCUAGUAGCAUAGGCGUUCACGGAACGAAAGAUAGCGUGACAGGCACCCGUUUGCUAUGUAAACCGGUGAAAAAGGUGAACGUCAAAUAUACUGUUAAAAGCAGCAAUGACAGGAAUUGAGUUUUUGACGCUGCUUGUGCCAUUUUGGCUCAGCUAUAAAGCGCAGCUACUAGCCUAAAGUUAGCUUACGCGUUCGUAAGUCCGGUUAGCAUCUUUGGAAAUGUCAUUAUUAUUCCGCCUAAACUGUUCCCUGCGGGUUCAAGAUGCGGAGACGAGAAGCCGAGGCGAGGCCUUGAGCCUUUAGACACAGAGGGAAGGAGAAUGAUCUCACGGUACAACAGGAGACCUGUAUCGCACAAGCUUGAAAUCCGUGGCCUGUCUCGCAGCAGUCUCGACCACCACCCACUCCCCGAGGAGGCAGACCACCAAACCCCUCAGUGCCCCCUCGAUGACGUGGAAGAGGUUGUCUCCAUCCGCAACAGUUCGGAGAUAUCUGGCGCUUCCAGCCCCUCCGACUGCCCCACGGUCAUCUCCGUGGACUCCAGCCGGUCGUGGUCAGGCAUCCACAGCUCCACAGGCACCGCCGUGUCCACAGAGAGGAGCUCUGUCCUCUCCUGGGGCUACGAUGAGUUUGACAAGGCGGCGUCACGCCAAGUGCAGCAAAUGUUUGAGGAGAUCGACAAGGAGCUGUACGAGGGUAAAGGCAGCGGGGGAGGGAUACUCCCGGGGAUGCAGGAGGAGUGCCAGCAGUGGGCCACGCGCUUCCCUCAUCUUCGGAUUCUGGGCACUCAGUUGGUGUGUCCAAGUGAUGAGGGCUUCCAGUGGUACACGACCUCAGGAACGGUCGGCAGCAGCUACAGUAGAAGCCCAUCAACGUCCCAGCAGAUCAUCGGAAAGUCAAGUCAGAAAGAUGACAACAAUAUGGAGUUGAACGUGCUAGGCCGCAGCGCGGCGCUGCUCAAGUCCAACUCAGCAGAGUUAAACGGGGCUUUAGCCACCUCAAGAGACUCCAGGCCAAGGGUGAUCGAGGUGGAGGGCUACAUGGAGGAGUACCUGGCCUUUGACAGCAUCAGUCUGGAGGACGAAAAGGAGAGGACCUGCCCCGAGCCGUGCCCGAGGCGUCACUGCAUGCCUCCCGUCUCGCCCUACAGGUCUCGCCGUCAGGCUGUACUCGAUCAUUUGUUCGACGACGUGUGGCGGCAGCUAGUGGGCUGCAUGAGCUAUCUGGUCCACCGCCAAUGGGAACAUCGCACCUCUGGUCAUGAAAAGCCUUCUGGUAACUUGAGUCCAGUGCUGCAGAAUUCCUUGACAUUGUUCUCCACACUUCCAAGUGUGUUGCCCAAACUUGGCCAAAGCCAUGCUAUGCCCCCGCCUCCACCCGCCCCUGGUUUGCCCCUCCAGAAGUCGAGGGGCUCAAAGCACAAGUCCCGCCGGAAACCCCAAAAGCAGAAAAGGCCACCCAGUGCCGGAAGGGUCUCGAUUGGAGGCACCCAGCACAACCUGAACGACCUCAUCAUGAUACACAGCAUCCCGCUGCAACAGAGGAACCUGGCCGCGCUGGACAGAACUCAGUGCGAAUUACAGGAUCCAGAGGAGCGCGGCCCCCUGAUGCCGGCCUCGGGCACGGCACCUGCCGGUAACUCCCGUCCCCGCCGAAACCUGGAGCAAAGCUCGUCAUCAUUGACCCGCCCGCCCCAGUCGGCCCGCCGCAGAAACCUGGCACCCCGCACACUCCAGCCGCUCGUUCCCAGCCUGAGUCAGUCCAGCGCGGCCAGAUCUAUGGAGGAGGUCAUCCGGGUUACACGGCUACCCACGGCCAGCGACUGCCUGUUGUCUCCAUUGUUUGCACUGAGCAGGAACACGCUCCUGCCGCCCAUUGGCGCUGGAGACACAGAGUCGUCCCCGUUGGGACAGCAGUCCAAAGCUGCUCAGCGCCAGAAAGGCUUGUCCAGCCGAGCCCACAGUGCCCUAAAUGAUGAGGUUGUUAGUUCCAUUCCGAGGGAUCGCCUUUACCCAGUGGACGUCUUCUCCCGGCCCAGCACCACACACACUUACAGAUCGGACACUCCUUACCGGCGCUCCUUCACUGUGCUGGACAACAUUGGACAGGCGAGGCCUGGAAGAGCCUCGGUAGCCACAGACUCCCUCGGGAUCGGUGUGACCGGCGUGAGCCUCGGCAUCGGCAGCUCGUCUUUCUUGGAGUCGUUUUCCCACCACCCCCUAGGCCGCUGGCCAAUCAGGAAUGAGGAUGAAGAGCCAGACUUUCAGACGACGCUCCCAGCGCCACUGGUGCCUGUGUCCGUCCCACCUCGGUCUCACAGCCGGGGGGGCAUCUCUUCCAGACCCAGCAGACCGGGACUGUAGCUGGUGGCUUCCAAAUGUCUCCACGCACUUUAGCCAUUCUUCUUUAUACUGCGUAAAUACACAGCAGUUGUUGUUUUACAGAAAUGUUUCAUAUUAUUAUUACAGUAUAUAGCUUUGUUAGAGGUUUAUUUUUGUAUUUCAAAUCAGCUUCUGAAGCUGCCAAAAGAAGAACACUUGGAUCUGGUGUACGCGUGCUUAUUUGAAUGUAAGAACUUCUCUCCUCUAAGAGGGCAACAACACACUCUGUGAGACAGAAUUACAAUGUAUUAGUGCUGCAUUUGUCAGCCCUGAGUAUUCUUCGAGCGGAUUGCGGAAGAAACAUCACUUUUAACACAUCCCGCACUAAAGGAUAAUCGCUCAGGAUAAUCUUUCAGAGACAGCUGACAAUCAAGCCUUAGCUGUCUGUUUUGAAGCGGGGAAAAA